ACCCUGCCUCACACCUCAGCAGUUAAGCGAGUCCUUCAACACUGAGACCAUCACCACAACUGGAAAGAUGCCCCGCCUGAUCCUGAUCAUGAUGUGUUCAGGAUUUUUUCACCUUACAUUUGCAACACGCCGUCUCAGAUUCUUCCAUAUUAAUGAAAGUGACUUAUCCUGGACUGCUGCUAAAGAAUAUUGUCAAAAAAAUGACAAUGCAUCACUGGUAACUGUGUAUGAUAAAGAGGAUGCCAAAUUCAUUGGCAGCUACACUGAAGGCUAUAACAACACAUUGGCAAUUGAAGUCUGGCUUGGUCUGUAUCAUCCAAACAUAGAUGUUGAAACGGGCGAAGGAACGUUUGUCCAACCAAAAUGUGGAGCAAUUGAGAACAAUGGCCUGAAAUGGUUUAAUUGCUCAGAUGAGAAGUGGUUCAUGUGCAACGAGAGUAAUGACCAUUCUGUUUAUAAUAUAAGUAAGAACUGGUGUCGGGCUCGCCAACACUGCAGACAAAACUACCAUGCUGACUUGGCAAGCAAAGAAGAAGCAGAGGCAAAUGGAACAGGCCUCAGUUUUUGGAUCAGAGAUCGGGAAGAUGAGUGGUCAUGGCAGGACAAAGGCUGCUCUUCGUUUGGAAAAUGGUGUAGGGUUAACCAAGGGCCUGUACAAGGCAACUGCACAAGGGUGGGCAUUAAAAAAGAUUCCAGCUGUGUAGGGCUCACAGACCAUGGAUGUGAUAGUCAAUCACACCCCUUUUGUUCCAGUGGUGACGUGAGGAUCAAGAUCAUAGAAAAGAACUUACCAUGGGAAGAGGCCUAUUACUACUGCCAGGUCCAUCACACCCGUCUGCUGUGGAUCAAGGAUGACAGAGAUCAGGAGGCUGUGGUCCAAUGGCUGAAUUACACUGUUGAUACUGUAGGUGAUCGGUUCUGGAUUGGUCUGAGACAAAGUCGAGUGUUCGGAUUCUGGAUUUGGUCCAGUGACACAACAGUUGGGGAAUCAUACAACACAUCAAACUGGAUAAGUGGCAAAACACCUCAGCUGCCCAUGUCUCACCACUGUGGCCUAAUUCAAAAAGACACCCAGAAGUGGGGAGAUGAAGACUGUUCAUGGCCACUACCCUUCCUCUGUGAGGAGGAGAUUGAAUACAUGAACACAUAGUUAUGAUGGGGGGAUUUUAGAAAACAUUUUAAUCUUGAAUCAAUGUUUAGUUGAUGGCUGAUUAUUAUGAUUAAAUACUGCGAUGUAACUCUGUUAUUCAUUUACAAGUUUUACAUUUAGACAGUUAUUUGUUUAUUAUGCAACUAGUUGUUUUGCUUCUGCCCUUAUUACAGUUUUAUUACUAUUAAGUCAUUUUGAUUGCUGUAUGCACUGCUGUAUCUUACCAUCACUGACUUGUGAAUAAUGACACAAACUUUUCCUGGUGAGCACUGAAGUGUUGCACUAUGCUCCCUGUUGAUUUUUGUACCAGAGCAUCCAAAAGCAAAUAUUAAAAUACACUGUUGGCUGCAGGUAGAGAUUAUGGAUGGACUGAUAAAAUAAUGCAAGUAUAUUUGAACAUCUUAACUAUAAAUUAGAAUUUUCUUGUUGUACCUUAAACUUGAACCAAUAAACUUUGAAUAUGAACAUUUCAGUUUCUACUUUUCACAAGUAGAAAA